GUUCCCGAUCUCGCCAUACAAAACAAAGCUCUCUGCGCCGCUUUCAUUCGGGGUUUUAUAGACCACAGGCUGGAUCUGAAUGCAGACGGAAAGGAAAAUCCUCCAGGGGGAGGAAAAAAAAAUGGAUUUACAGCUAGUCUAAUAAGCGUUUCACACCUGGAUCGGGGUAGUAAAAAUAAAAAAACAACAACAACAACAACAAGAAGACGCCGCUUUAAGUGCUUUGUCUUUGGUCAUUUAGUGUUACAAGCCACCGUCUGGGGGGUGGAAUAAGCGAUCGCCAUGUUGUUACCUAAAGGGCUUUACUGAAGAAGGUGGACGUUGAAAGUGUGGAGGGAAUAAUAUCGUUUUAUUUCCCUCUGUCUCUCCAUCGCGGUCUCGCCGUUUUGCUGACUGUUUGUCCUCGGCGACAUGGCGGAGCAAAGCUACUCCUGGGCGUACUCCCUUGUCGACUCCAGCCAGGUGUCCACCUUCCUCAUUUCCAUCCUCCUCAUUGUCUAUGGCAGCUUCAGGUCGUUAAACAUGGACUGUGAGAACCAGGACAAAGACAAGGAUGGAAAUCCCACAGCUAGCAAUUCCUUCAACAACACCAACUCAAACAACAGUAUUCAGACCAUCGACUCCACACAGGCUCUGUUCCUCCCAAUUGGAGCAUCUGUCUCGCUCCUCGUCAUGUUCUUCUUCUUUGAUUCGGUCCAGGUGGUCUUCACCAUCUGCACUGCAGUUCUAGCUACUAUAGCGUUUGCGUUCCUGCUGCUGCCGAUGUGCCAGUACCUGACGCGACCCUGCUCCCCACAGAACAAGAUUUCUUUUGGCUGCUGCGGUCGCUUCACAUUGGCCGAGUUGCUCUCCUUUUCCCUAUCGGUCAUGCUCGUCCUCAUCUGGGUGCUAACGGGACACUGGCUCCUCAUGGACGCGCUGGCGAUGGGUCUGUGCGUGGCGAUGAUCGCCUUCGUGAGACUGCCCAGUCUGAAGGUGUCCUGUCUGCUCCUGUCUGGUCUGCUCAUCUAUGAUGUGUUCUGGGUCUUCUUCUCAGCUUACAUCUUUAACAGUAACGUGAUGGUGAAGGUGGCCACGCAGCCGGCUGAUAACCCGCUGGACGUUAUCUCCCGUAAGCUGCACCUGGGUCCCAGCAUGGGGCGUGACGUGCCCCGCCUCUCGCUCCCAGGCAAGCUGGUGUUCCCGAGCUCCACGGGCAGCCACUUCUCCAUGUUGGGCAUUGGUGACAUCGUCAUGCCCGGACUUCUGCUCUGCUUCGUGUUGCGCUAUGACAACUACAAAAAGCAGGCGAAUGGUGAGGCACAGAGCCCUGCCAACAUGUCCGGGCGCAUGCAGCGCGUCUCCUACUUCCACUGCACUCUCAUUGGCUACUUCGUAGGUCUUCUGACUGCGACCGUAGCGUCUCGGAUUCACCGUGCGGCUCAGCCGGCUCUGCUCUACCUGGUGCCCUUCACACUGCUGCCUCUGCUCACUAUGGCCUACCUGAAGGGCGAUCUGCGGCGCAUGUGGUCUGAGCCUUUCCACGCCAAGUCCAGCAGCUCCCGGUUCAUGGACGUAUGAUGGCCACGAGCGAGACGGGCAGUGUUCAGUUCAACUCAUCCCCAAGACACAGAGAGAGGGAGAGAGAGCAGGAAUACAGGAAGAGAGUCGCACUCGUCUUCUUGUCUCCUUAUUCGUCGAUCAGAUGGAGAGCUGCUUGACUUCACUGCCAGAUGGAUUCUGCUCAGCACAUUCACUCACCUUCUCUUUGUAUUACCUCUUCUCUUUCCUCAUCAUCUCUCUCUCUCUCUCUCUCUCUCUCUCUCUCUCUCUCUCUCUCUCUCUCUCUCUCUCUCUCUCUCUCUCCCUCCCCCCUCCCUCCCCAUUGGUCCCUGUUGGACUGAGAGGCCACUCCUUAAUAGACUUGUCUUUACGGGACACAGCCGGUGCUCCACGUGAUGAUUUUUUUUUUUUCUAACCGGCAUCAUUAUGGAUUUGCAGACUGUUGGUGUUGUUUUUUUGUUUGUUUAGAUUUGUUUUUGAACCACGGACAAGACGCUGAGAUACAAAGUCUCGGCCUACGGACAGUGAUGACCCUGAGGGGACCAACACACACACACACACACACACAAACACACACACAAGGCCACAGAUGCUUUCCUGCUCCCCCCCUCCCCUCCCCUCCCCUCUCCUCUCUUAUAAACCCCUCCCUUUUCCCCUUUCCAGAUAUGUGUAUUUUAUUUAGAAAGAUUUUAUUCUUGACAUAUACAGAAACGACGCAUUAUGAAAUGGAGUGUGUCCUUACGGUUAAGAAGGCCACGCCCCUCUAUGUAUAUAUGUGUACACAUGUAUUAGGGUUAUCAUGUUGGGGUGCAAGUGUUUGUGUGAUCAAAUACUGUGUGUGUGUGUGUGUGUGUGAGAGAGAGAGAGAGUGUGAGAGAGUGAGGGCUUUUUUUCUCCUGUGCUUUUCCCCUUUGUUGCUUUUUUAGGUGGAUUUGUAGUCAGGGGUCGAUGGGAAACACUGUUAGUUUUUUUUUUUUGUUUUGGGUCUCUAACUAACACCCCACCCCACCCCCCAAACUAUAAAGGUCACACCAUGUACACAACAUAUUUUACGACCAUGUUUCCUCUUCUUUUAAUGAAACAGUUGGUGAAAUUUGGGCACGUUACCACUCCAGAGACGUGUUUGCUGUCUGUUUUUUGGAGUUUAAAUGAAAGAAACAAAUGUUGGUUGUUAGUUUGCAUUAAACCUCACCGUGUCCUGGUCUGCUUUAUACCAGAAGCUUGUUGAGAAAUACAGCAUGGUCCUGUUUUUUAACACGAGUAACAGAUUUGUAUCGAUGUACACGUUCUGGCACGUUAGCGUUUCUAUAGUAACAGACUCACUUGUAUAGUCGCCGCUUCACAUGAUCUAAGGGUGCUUUCACAUACGCAGUGUUUAGUCCGUUCUUAUCGAACCCUGGUGCGUUUUCUUCUUUAGUCCGGUUCCGUGGCCUUCUCAGUCUCCUUCAAAUCAAACUCUUGCACCGUUCGAGCUCGAUUCGAUUCAGAGGCGAGUUAAAAUAAUUGCUGAAAUGAGUGGCAAGCUCUCAGGCAAAGGACCAAGUUGUAUCGCUGACUGGAAACACAAGAGAAAAUAGACCGUGGAGACGAUACACAAUGAUCUGAGCUCAGCGUACACCAGAUGCUAAAGUUCUGUUUCAGUUCUCUUCACUCUGUCUGACCAAUUAAAGGAAGAACGAUGGAGAGCUUCGCACAUUGUGGCUUGUUUUGUAACCCCCCACCUCACCCCCCAAAAUAUACACACCCGUUGCAAUUUAGUUCGCAAAUUAAAUGCAUCACAUGUCGCUCUAAUUUGAAUUCAGUGAAUACAAGUAUAAUAAAUAAAUAUUUCAUAUAUUCCAUAUCCCGUUAAGAAAAGCGUGUGCUGGUUGACAUUGCGUUUUCCCUACAGAGACGUCUGUGUAGCAUUUCUGUAAGGAGUCUCUGGUGUCGGCUGGUCUUCAGGACCGAGGACUUUCUGGUUUCUCUGUAAUCUACAAGAAGCUGCGUUUUUGUUGUUGUUGUCUUGUAAACUUUGAAAGGGGAAAAAGAGAAGCUAUGAGGUGAGGAGGAACAAUCGUUUAGCUGCAGUAACUGAAGCGAGAGAGAACAGGAACAAGUCUCGAUGACGUUCGAAAGGGUGACGUGCUGCUCGUUAAUGAAUUAAAAAGAAAUCCCACCACCCAGUGUGGAUUCUUUUACUCGGACAGCACGGCCCGUAGUGUGGUGGUGAGAUUUUGUGUCCAAUACGACGUUAAAUUUGCUUCAGGUUUCACCAACUGUUCCUUUUAAACCGCAGGAAACCAGCAGGACGGACUGAACAAAAUGAGAAGUGUGUGUGUGUGUCUGAAGUGAAUGUAUGGCAUUACCUCUGAGUCUGGAUCAGAACGGUGCUCUUACAGUCAACGGGCUCGGCGCCGAUUUCGUUCGUCAUUAAGAAGCUUGGUGUGGUUUGUAGGCAUGUGCCAGUAUUAUCCUGACAAAUUCCUCACCCGAUGAUGGGAUUCCCUUGUUCGAGACUUGACGUGUCUCCUUCAGAUCCACCUGAAAUCAGAAAUAACGAUAAUCUGCGUGUUAAAUAUCACAGUUUUACAAAAGUGAUGACUGGCACAUGCCUUGUGGCUUACUUUCUAAUUCUCUCUUCAUUUUAGUAGUUUUCUUGACCGUUAUUUGCCCCAAGAGACUGGAAGUGUGUGUGUGUGUGUGCGCAUGUGUGUGUGUGCGCGCGUGUAUCUUAAGUUCCGCUCCUUCUCUUUCUUUUUUUUUUCUUUCUUUUUCCUACUUGAUUAUUUCUGGAUCUGUGAGUCGUCUGGCCUUGCAUGUGAAGUGUACAGUGUGUCGUCGUUCAGUAAGCCUACGGCAGCACUGCAUCACUCACAAGCACACAACGGACGAACGAACAGACGGACAGUAUGAUUGCACAACAACAUAAACACAAGCGCACGGGCCACGGAGAUCCACGGGCCCUGUGUCUCAGACAGGGACCUCGACCUCACAGACGCCAGGCAGAGAACAUUUUCCUGACCACGGCACAUUCGGAGCAUCAUCGACGUCAACUUACCCACAAUCCCUUUCCUGAUCCCCUGCAGCCCUCCUUAUAGACAUGAAAUUGAAACCAUUGAAUGAUUGAACAUUUUCAAGAGGUUUUCUUUUUUAUGACAAGAUUCACCUUUUUGUUUUGGUUUUUUGUUUUGUUUUGUUUUGUUUUUGUUUUAUCCGCUCAUUUGUAUUUUUCUUAGUGUGUUAUUUUAUACUUUCUCCCUCUGUCCCUCUUCACUGGGCUCCGUUGUCACGUUUGCGUUACGGCCAAAAGGAUUCUGUAUAAAGUGGAUUUAAAAAAAAAUAAAUAAAUUAAGAACUGUGUAGUGACCUUAUGGAUCCUGACGUGCUGUACCUAAACGUUUUCAUCUCCUUUAACCUGCUCCCCUUCAUCCGGUCAGGAUUCUGCUGUAAAUAAACGUGACUCUAACUGUA